AAGGACGCGUGAUCAUAAUUCAGUGACAUCCAAUUCUCAGAAUACAUUUACAAAACUCAUCUUCACUUUGUAAGGUCUAUAACGAUCGCAGAAACUCCACUCUCUUCUCUGAUUUUGCUAUCAACUCAAUCGAAGAUCCCGCGAAAAUGAACGAUGCAGAUGUAUCUAAGCAGAUCCAGCAGAUGGUGCGGUUUAUCCGCCAAGAAGCCGAAGAGAAAGCCAACGAGAUCUCCGUUUCUGCUGAAGAAGAAUUCAAUAUAGAGAAGUUGCAGUUGGUGGAGGCAGAGAAGAAGAAGAUCAGGCAAGAGUAUGAACGGAAGGAGAAGCAAGUCGAGAUUCGAAAGAAAAUUGAAUACUCCAUGCAGCUCAAUGCUUCUAGAAUCAAAGUUCUUCAAGCUCAAGAUGACUUGGUUAAUUCCAUGAAAGAUGCUGCAGCAAAGGAGCUUCUGAAUGUGAGUCGUGAUCACCAUUCAUAUAAAAAGCUUCUGAAGGAACUCAUUGUUCAGAGUUUGCUGAGACUGAAAGAGCCUGCAGUCUUGCUUCGUUGCCGUGAAGAUGACCAACAUUUGGUGGAAUCUGUCCUCCACUCGGCAAAGCAGGAAUAUGCAGAAAAAUUAAAUGCCCAUCCACCUGAGAUUUUAGUGGACACUCGUGUCUAUCUUCCACCUGCGCCUACCCAUUAUAAUGCCCAUGGUCCAUACUGCUCCGGAGGUGUAGUGCUUGCUUCUCGAGAUGGGAAGAUUGUCUGUGAGAAUACACUUGAUGCACGAUUGGAUGUUGUAUUUCGUAAAAAGCUUCCAGAGAUCCGGAAGCGGCUUUUUGGUCAAGUUGUUGCAUGAUGGUCGGAUUAUCCUAUUACCCCUAUGAUUAUUUAUGUUCGAACCUUUAAAUUUGGUCGUUGACCAUAGACUUUAUGGUUCUGUUUGUUUGGCGCAUUUCAAUUUUCAGGUUUCUUGCAUACCUUUUGUUUGUAGAAAUUAGUGAAAUGUUUGUUUAGUUUGCCGUGUUUAUCUUUCUGGUAUGGCCAGGCACUGAUUUUUUAUUUAUAUAAAUAACCGAAACAAGCGUUGUUUUAA